AUGUCACGUCUCAGAAGAACUUUAACCCUCUCAAACUAUAGAGUUGAAAGAAAACUUGCAAAAUUUAGAGAAAUUGAAAGAAGUACACCAAUGCUUCCAGUCACUUGUGAAAUUCAUUAUAAAAAUGGUGCUAUAGGAACAUGUGAAUUCAUUUAUAACCAAACCAAAAAGAGAAUCGAAAGCUUCAAGAUUGGAGAUUAUGAACCAACUGGAUUUUUUAUUUAUAAAUUCACAUUGGACAGAACUGGUGGUCUUCAUACAUUUAAUUGUUAUGCAGUUGAAACUAUGAAUGAUUUAGAAAAAACUGAUUAUAUUCUUUAUUAUAUGGAUCCAAGAGUCAAACAAUUCUUAAAGGAUCGUACAUUUGUUAACUAUGAUCAUAGGAUUGAAUUUAAGCCUGAAUUUGCUCCAAAAUCAAAAGAUGUCACUUUGGUUUAUAAUUUACCAAUUGCAUAUUUGGUCAAAGGUUAUUUACAAGAACAAGCAAAUGAAAUUGAAAUAUAUAAACAAUUGAAAAGAUCAAGAACUUUAAGAUUUUCAGAUGAAGUUUCUACAAGAAUUAUUACUGCAAGAGGUGAAGAAUCUACAACUACCCCAGUUGAAGUAGAAGGUGAUUCCAUAGAAUCUUCAAGUGAAUCAGAAGAAUCACAAGAAGUUGAAAGCACAUCAGAAGAAGCUACUGAAACUACCCCUGCUCCUGAAGCCUCUACUGAAGAUGCACCAACCCCAGAUGUUGCUCCAGUUGAAACUCCAGAAGUUACCCCAGCUCCAGUUCCAACUGAGACUGAGACACCAGAAGUUACUUCAGAAAUUACUCCAGAAACUACUCCAGAAGCUACUACAGAAGCUUUACCAGAAGAUACUCCAGAAACCCCAGCUCCAGCUCCAGAGUCAUCUCCAAUUACCAAAGACAAAACAUCAGAAGCAUUAGCUGAAUCAUUUCAACUUUUAGGUCAAGCAUUAUGGAAACUUUUGAUAGUACUUGGUAUGUUUUUAUCACAAAAUUCAACAAUUUUUGGGAUUUUUUUCAAAUUUUUAUUGAAAUUGAUUAUUUUAUUAUUGGCUUAUUUAUUACAAUGUCUUUAUAUUGGAUUAAAUUCGAAUAAUUCAAAAGUUGAUGAAUUAGCUGAUGAUGACGAUAAAAAAUCAACCAAACAAUCUACAAUUUCAUUCAAUUUUUAG